GGCCAUGGCGGAGGAAGGCGAGAGGAAGGCCGCGCUGGAGACGGUCCAGGCGGAUGGGACAGAUGGAAACUGCGUCACGUUUGUGUUGCAUGAUGAGGACCACACACUCGGCAACUCCCUCCGAUAUAUGGUCAUGAAGAACCCUGAUGUGGAGUUCUGCGGCUACUGCAUCACGCACCCCUCUGAAAGCAAGAUCAACUUCCGGAUCCAGACCAGAGGGGCCCUUCCUGCUGUGGAGCCGUUCCGGAAAGGACUGAAUGACCUGAUGGGUGUUUGCCAACACGUGCUCAACACCUUCGAGAGGAGCUUGAAGGAAUACAGGGCCCAGAGGGAGGAAGAGAUGCAGUAGCAUUUGGGGAUGGCAGUCCCCAUGGAUGUAUGUAACGUGUGUGUGUUGAAUUCCCUGUGUCAAGCGUUUUUGGUUGGUUGUUUUUUUUAAUGACUGCUUUGAUGCAAACCUGUAUUUUCUCUAAUAAUAAAGUUUAUGAAGUUUGAUGCCGCA